ACUUUUCAUAGCAUCCAUUAUUGCAAGCUACACAGUAUUGCUUUUUCUGGUGCCUUGUUAAAUCCCUGUUACUCUUCUUCCAUCACCAAGUCUACACACUAUCCAAAUCUACACGCUCGUCUAAGCUGCAAUGGCAGAGAGUGUAGUUUCUUUUGUUUUAGAUCACUUAUCCCAGCUUGCCGCACGCGAAGCUAACUUGCUCUAUGGCGUGGAGGAUAGAGUCCAGUCCCUUCAGUACGAACUUCAAAUGAUCAAAGAUCUUCUCAAUACCACAAAGAGAAAGAAGGGAAUGGAACAUACUGUAUUGAACCAAAUCAGAGAUGUGGCCCACUUAGCUGAGGAUGUCAUCGACACAUUCGUAACAAAAGUUGCCAUUUACAAGAGGAGAACCAUUCUGGGGAGGAUGCUCCAUGGCUUUGGCCAAGCAAUGUUGCUCCACCACGUAGCCCACAAAAUAGACAAGUUCAAAACCACUCUCAACGAGAUACGCGAGAACAAGGACAAAUAUGAUGCUUUCAUAGAAGCCACUAAUCAAUCCGCAGUAGAAGAGGAAGAGGAGAAGGAAAGGUUGCAAUCGUUGCACAAGCUAAGAAGAGAUGUGGAGGAAGAACACGUGGUCGGCUUUGUCCAGGACUCCAAGGAUGUGGUCAUGCGACUCCAGGAAGGUGGUUCAAAUCGUAGAGUUGUCUCUAUCGUUGGCAUGGGGGGAUUGGGGAAGACUACCCUUGCCCGAAAGGUCUACAAUAGCAGUCAGGUGAAGAACCAGUUCAAUUGUCGUGCGUGGGUUUAUGUCUCAAACGAGUGCAGAGCUAGGGAGCUUUUACUUGGCCUUCUUAAGCAUUUGAUGCCAAAUUUUCAACAACAACGCAACGACAACAAGAGAGGUAAGAAAAACGCCGAAGAUGUUAACAACCCGAGUGAGGAGGAGCUGAAGAAACAGGUGUUUGACUGCUUGGAGAGUAAAAAGUAUCUUGUGGUGGUAGAUGACUUGUGGAAAAUGAGGGAUUGGGAUAAGGUGCAAGAUGCUUUUCCAAACAACAACAACGGAAGCAGAAUAUUGAUAACUAGUCGUUUGAAAGAGGUGGCCUUGCAUGCUGGUGAUGAUGUUCCUCAUUAUCUUAAGUUUUUGAGUGAAGAAGAAAGUUGGGAGCUGUUUUGCAGGAAAGUGUUUAAGGGUGAAAAUCGGCCUUCUGAUUUGGAAACCCUAGGAAAGCAAAUGGUUCAAAGUUGUCGUGGUUUGCCGCUCUCCGUCAUUGUUUUAGCAGGGCUGCUAGCCAAGAAGGAAAAGUCACAUAGAGAAUGGUCUAAAGUGGAAGGUCAUGUUAACUGGUAUCUCACUCGAGAUGAAACCCGAGUGAGGGAUAUACUCAAGCUCAGCUACGACAACUUGCCAAGGAGACUAAAACCCUGUUUUCUCUAUCUUGGGUUAUUUCCUGAAGAUUUUGAAAUACCUGUUACGUCAUUAUUGCAAAUAUGGGUUGCAGAGGGUUUCAUACAAGAUACAGGAAAUAGAGACCCAGAUGAUGUUGCAGAAGACUACUUGUACGAACUCAUCGAUCGCAGUUUGGUCCAGGUAGUAAAAGUGAAGUUGAAUGGAGGUUUGGCAACGUGUCAGGUUCAUGAUCUUGUUCGAGAUCUUUGCAUAUCAGAGAGCAAAAAGGACAACAUGUUUGAAGUUUGUACAGACAACAACAUUCUAAUCCCUACCAAGCCUCGGAGACUAUCCAUUCAGAGUGACAUGGGUCACUACAUUUCUUCAAGCAACAAUGACCAUUCAUGUAUUCGUUCCCUAUUUUUCUUUGAUCCAUGGCAUUAUAUUCAUAGGAGAGAGUGGAAAUGGCUUUUGGACGACUUCAAAUUGGUUCGAGUGUUAGAGAUUGAAUCUCACUGGUGCUAUAAGUUCCCUUCCAAAUUAGGAAACUUCAUCAACUUAAGGUACUUAAGAAUAGAAUCAGUUUCUUCAUUUGUUCCAGAUUCAAUACUUAACCUUUGCAAUCUACAAACCAUAAACAUGGGUAUUUGGAAAGAUGAAAAUCCAAUUUCUUUCCCUAUUCAAAUGUGGAAACUCAAACAUUCAAGGCAUUUGAAUUCAGUAUGUUCUCUCAAAUUGCGAGGAAGAUGUUCAGAUGAGAAGAUGUGGAAUCUUCAAACCAUUUCUCCCCUUAGGCUCAAUACAGAAGCAACAUCUCUAAUAAAGAAAGGAACAUUCCCUAAUAUUAAGAGGAUAGGGUUGUAUGUGAAUGGUUGUGAAGAUGAAUUAUCCAAAUUAUUGCCGAACCUACAACAAUUCAAACAUUUGAAUAAAUUGAUGAUUCAUAAGGCUUUGAAGCUUCUAACCUCUGAGGUCAUAUUUCCCUCAAGCAUUACAGAGUUAUCAUUGUCAAUGAUUAGGUGCAUUACUGAUGAGGGGAUGAAUAGUUUGAGAAAUCACUCUAAAAUCAAAAUUUUGAGACUUUCUGGGGAUGAUAAAUGGGUUGGGAGUACCAUUGACCUCAAUUGUGUGGAUGGCAGCUUCCCACAGUUAGAAGUAUUGGAAAUGGAAUCUUUGUUAGUUCGAAAGUGGGAAUUAGGCCAUGGUGCAAUGCAGAGGCUUCAAGAUGUCUUUAUCCACCGUUGUCCAGUAUUAGAUAAUCUGCCAACUGAACUUUGUUCUUUGAAAGGAUUGAGAAAAGUACAAAUAACGGGAUCUUCCAUCGAAGAAAUGGCUCACAUUUUAAGAAUUUUAGAAACAGAUAAUGGAGUUCAAGUCAUUACAAAGAAUCCUCCACCUAGAGAUGAUAGUGAUUUUAUUUUAAAUAUUUACUAGAAGAUUGAGAUUUAUUAUUCCAAAUAGUUGGUUAUUUACUUUAUGAUUGUAUUUUAUGUAACAUGUGAA